UUUUUAGAUUUUCUGUCACCGAAGUCUGCGAGUUAGUUGGCGACUAUAAACUUUAAUGUCGAACAAUUUUCGUGGUUGUUUUGUUAGUACGCCCGGAUCUAGUCGCCGGGUGUCGUGACGUCUUAGGCGGUGUCUCACAGCGCUCGUUCACGAUGUGUUUGAUACUCAUCUGUAGGUAGAGAAGUGGAGGCAGCAGGGGGAGUGAACACAGCCGAAUCUACGACAGCGGCCUCACCGAGCUCUGGGCACCCGCAUAUGAGGAUAAACUAAUAACCGACACGUCAGCUCGCGCACACCGUUCGCGGAGGUUGUGUUCGUCCGCCACGCGCGCGUCUAAAAUGCAACAGGAGAGAAGAGGAAGACGGAUGACACACGACCGUCGCGGAAAACUGUGAAAUUUGGGGUCCGGUGUCGCAACAGUUUGCUGUUCUGUGAAGUCAGCAGCGUCUUUAAGGGGUUUUGGUGUCAUAAAGAGCUGGUAAACAUGUCUAAGAUGCCGGCUAAGAAGAAGAGCUGCUUUCAGAUCACGAGUGUGACUCAGGCUCAGGUCGCGGCGAACAGCGCGACCGACGACACCGAGAGCCUGGAUGACCCGGAUGAGUCCCGCACAGAGGACGUGUCCUCCGAGAUCUUUGACAUGUCCAGGACUGAGAUAUGUGACAGGAGCUCCUCAGAGGAGACUUUGAAUAAUGUGGGUGAAUCAGAGGGGCAGUUGCCCGCUUCUGCCCCCCUGAACGGCAGGUUUAGCCCUCGCCCCCCGGGUCACCUGGGCGUCCUGGGCUCUAGUUCUCAAGCAGCAGGUACGAGUCAGUCUGCACAAGUCAACAGUUCAUCAACUGCCUCGACUGUAACCAGCUGCACUUCUCGCUUUAGGGUCAUAAAGCUUGACCAUGGCUCCGGGGAGCCCUUCAGGAGGGGCCGGUGGACCUGUAUGGAGUUUUACGAUAAAGACCCCGAGGGCUCUGUGAUGAGCAGGACUGGGGAUAGUAUAAGACACACCAAUGUGACAGAGCCCGGUGUGGACAGAGACAGUGGGCUUGGGGCCACUGUCGGGUCUAUAAUGGCUCCUGAUGUAAAUUCCGACGGGUCGUCUUUCACCAGCCCGCUUCAUAAUCCAGAACAGCACACGCACAGCUUCACGUCAGGGUCUGGGUCACCCGAGUCCUUAAGUAAUAAGCCAGUUCCUCCGUCUGCUCAUGUCGCUGUCCCUCAAAGUCUCCACGAUGGAGGACACCCGGGCACCCACCUUCAGAAAUCUCCCAGCAUCCCUCCGUCUCCUCAAGUGCAGCCGCUGCUUUAUCAACCCCAGCCUAUUACACACCAACUGCAAAGUCAAGCAGCUCUGAUAUCAACCAGUCAGCCUGAUUACAGCCAGCGUAACAUGCCGAUUACUGUCCCCCAGUCCCUCCCCGGGGUGAGCCUUUCCGCCGGACAUGCUGUCAGUCAGGGCUCAGGUCCACUUCCGACCACGGCCACAGGUGGAGUGCAAGUCCUGGGUACAGUAGAAGUGUCUGGAGUCCCUGGAGGUGUCCCAAAUCUGGCGCAGCAUCCUGCGGUGGGGCUGUUGAGCAGCAUCGUCCCUCUGGCAUCCAUUCAGCAGCAAACGCUGGCACAAUACCAGGCCUCAGGAGUAAUGCAUGGUUUAUCAACAGCUCCACAAAGCACCCAGAGCUUGCCCGUAGCAUCGGUGACGCUCGCCUCAAGUGUGCUCACCGCUGUGCCAGGACCUGCUUCAGUACCAAAUUCCUCCACACACACCCAGAUGUCCCAGGCUCCCCACAAUGGGACGGCAGCGGGCAUGAGCACCAGUGUCUUCAGCCAGACGGAUAAGAGUCGGAGGAUGUCUGAUGCGUCUGCGCAGGUUCACAGUCAAGACAUGAUGAAGCCCUUAAUCACAGAAGGCUUGCCGUUGCCCAACCCGGUUGUCAACAGUCUUUUCGGGAUACCCAUUCCCAUUGAUGGGGAAGACGACAGGAAUCCCUCCACAGCUUUCUUCCAAGCCUUCCAGUCUGGCAGUAGGCUGAAGGACUCAAAGAUGACCUGUGAUAGUGCCUCUGGAGCAAGUGUGGUUGCCAUUGAUAAUAAAAUAGAGCAAGCAAUGGAUUUAGUGAAAAGCCAUCUGAUGUACGCCGUGCGGGAGGAGGUGGAGGUGUUGAAGGAGCAAAUCAAAGAGCUCUUCGAGAGGAACUCUGUGCUGGAGCGAGAGAACGCAGUGCUCAAAUCUCUGGCCAACAAUGAGCAGCUCUCUCAGCUCACCGUCCAGUCCACCUCCAACGCUCCCGUCCCGGGCCAAGCCCAGCCCCAACCUCAGCCUUACCUUCAGCUGGACGUCAACGAGACCAUGGACUCCCUGCCACGACAGCCGCAGCCCAAUGUCACCUCGGCCUGAAGCCUGUGCGAACGACGCAUGUAUGAUCACAACAGCAGGAAACUGGGCUGAGCGUGCGUGACGUCCGCCAGCGCCACUGCUCGGACACAACACGCUAGCAUUCCUGCAGACUGCGGUCUUGCUUUGGGUCCCGUUUGGCCCUUCCCCCCAUGACGAGGUGGAGAGUUUGUGAAGAGAGUUAUUUUUUUAAUAAAGAGAAUCCAGCCAUGAAAAGAGUGUAUUUUUUAGCGUCGCAGUUUUCAGAGUCUAUUUUCAAAGCCAUCACACUUCAUCCGAUUUCGAUUCACCAGUCAGUUACUCAUUAUUAUUUAUUACAGGGCUGCUAUUUUCAGAGAGGAACAAUGUCUACAGAACCUUUCAAUCCGACAGCAACCGGUCAUCAAAUCAAGCAGCGGUCUGACUAAAUCAAUCAUCAAUGCAAGAGUAGCAGUGGGUGGAGAGGAAACACUAACAGCGACGUUUCUCUGUGGAUUACGAAUGUGAACCUGGGGUGAAUGUACAUUUUGUAUAGUGUAAAGAUGAAAAGAGCGUAACAAGUUUGUACAGGUGUGUGGGUGAAGAUCUAAACUGAAUCCUCAAUGGUCUGCCCUGAUGAAGAAAGCUUCAGUUCUGUCGCUAGUAGUGUGUUGCCAUAUUCUCCUGCCCGCUGCCCUGAAGUCUCGUAUGUUUUUGGGUUCGGGAAAGGGGUUUAAAAGAAAAUAAACUGUGAAGUUGUUCAACCUACUUUGUAACCAAAGAUGCAAAGCUGUGUAAUUCAUUCUCUUUUUUUUUUGUUUGUUUGUUAUGCACACUCUCUGUACAUUUUUCUUUUUUUUAAUUGUUCCUCACAAACUUUUUUUUUGUUGUUGUUGCUUUUAGGCAUGUUCUGCAUGAUCUGUAAAAGUCAAACCACUUUCUUACCUCAUUUGUAUUGGGCACUCGUAUUGUAAGUAGUCUGUGAAUGAUGUCGGCGGGGGAAGGAGAUAAAACAGACUAGUGUGUGACGCACUAGCCACAGAAAAUGAAGUGAGCCAUGUUUCAUUCAUUUAAAUGGUGUUUGAAUUUCAUAUGCCAAUAGUUUUGUUACAUUGCAAAUUUUAAUGUAUUUAAAUAAAUGCAAUAUUCAAAUUACAAAA